AAGGUAUCCAGCUGCUCGGGUCCCAAGAUCUCACGUUCGCCGCUCGCCCCCCAUGUCGUCCAACUCGACCGACGCCUUGGCAUACCGCCGGGGCGAAGACCGGGCCAGCUACGGCGUUCCAAUCACCAUUGUCUGCCCGGCCAUUGCACUUAUCCUUGUCGCCCUGCGCAUUUACUCGCGAGCUUUUCUAGUCAGGAAAGUCUUCUGGGAAGACUACAUUGUCGUUGCGGCUAUGGCUUCGUCCAUCUCUAUUUCGGUCCUCAUUGUGAUUGCGUUCUCCAACGGUAACGGAAGACAUUUCGAAACAGUCAGCGCCGCCGAAUUUAUCCGGCUCCGCAAGAUUUCUCCGGGUAUUUACAUCGCCUACGCCGCAGCGCACGUAUUCGCCAAAUUGUCGAUUGUAUUACAAUAUACCCGAAUCAGCGUGAUUUAUCGGUCGACAACCUCAGCAGAUAAAACGUGGGAUGCUGUCCCCAGCGGCUUAUACGCCAUCAUCGAGAUAAACGUUGGUAUUGCCUGCUCAUGCGUCGUUACUCUAAGACCACUAUUUGGUCGAUGGAGGUGGCUUUCCAGCGGAGGAAAAGCAAAGCCGCCACAAGCCAUAACUCCUGCGCGGAAGCCUCCGCGCCCAAUGGACCCUUUUUCGGUGGGCACCGAUAGUACCCAAGUCCUCACUGUGUCCGACGAUGUGGAGCUUGGCUCCAUUAGGGCAGGUAGUAGAUCUGGGGAAGAUGGAGAGGCAGCUCCUCCGCCGGCGGCGCAGUGUCGAGCGCAAACCCCCGCUGCCGGUCAGAUGAUGGGCAGCAUCACCAGCAAACAUCUGUGACAGAAGGUUCCGAUCACACGGACCCAAGUCACCCGAGGUCCUCCCUCACGCCGUCUUUGGCAUCCUUUCCAAUUUCCACUCG